AUGGCUCAAUCUUCUCCCGCACCUCAGCCGAAGCCAUGGGAGACACUUUCUCCUCACCAGGAAGCCAUGAUCGAAGCAUGCAAGACUGGUCAGCUCCUUGAGCUAAAGAAUUUGUUCGACGAACACCAUGCCAAGGAAGGAUGCGAGCCUAUUUCUUAUUACCAAGCAAAACAAGAAGGUGCACCAGCGAGAGAUCUGCUAUUUAAGGCAGCCAUUUCUCAUGGGCAACUGUCAAUCGCCCGAUGUCUGCACUCUAUGUAUCCCACAUACGACUUUCAUAAUCCCUGCAUCGUCAGGGCGCUGGGGACAACGCGAAACCUUGACAUGCUCAAGCUAAUCCACUCCUACUGCCCUCGAAUUGUCAGCUACUCAUUCGAUGACCAUAGGACGUCUAUGAUGAGCUUGGCUAUUGCACAGGGGCCGGAGAAUGGACCCUUCAUUCGCUUUCUUCUAGAUCACGGAGCAAUAUCCAUGAACGAUGGCGGAUACCUCGUCCAUGGCGGAGCCGAAUUGUGCCCCGCCAUCGAAUACAAUCAACCGAUAGAUGUCAUCAAGAUGAUGAUCCCGAAGACUCGGUUUCUGAUAUCCCCGCUGCUGAUGGCAAUUGAUCACAAGCGAGCGGACGCAGUUGAGGUACUUUUACCCGAAGACCAUGCCAGGAGGAGACAAGUUGGCAUGGGGGAUUAUUUGCAGGAGCCGCUGAGGGCUGCGCAGAAAACAAAAGACAAGGAUACCAUCGCUGCAGUAGAGCGCUUCAUACAUAAGGUGGAGCAGCAAGAUGCCAAAGAGGCUGCAAAGAAACUACGAGCCUCAAAGAAAUAG